CGGCGGUUAUUCUCGGCGGAGCUGUUCUUGAUUAUUCAACAACAGCAGUUGUUCAGGCUGAUGAUUAUGGUUUUGCGCCAAUUGUUGUUGACGGAUCUGUUCUUGAUUAUUCCACGACGCCAAUUAUGCAGGCUGACGAAUAUGUUUUGGCGGUAGUUGUUGUUGCCGGCGCCGUUCCUGAUUAUUCCACCGCAACAGCUGUUGUCGUUAAGGCUGAUGAAUAUGGUUUACCUGCGUUUGUUGUUGCCGGAGUUGUUCUUGAUUUUUCCACGGCGGCAGUUGUUCAGGCUGACGAAUAUGGUUUUGCGGCAGAUGUUGUUGCCGGAGCGGUUCCUGAUUAUUCCACCGCGGCAGUUGUUGUUGAGGCUGAUGAAUAUAGUUUAGCGGCGGUUAUUGUUGGCGGAGUUGUUCUUGAUUAUUCCACAACGACUGUUUUUCAGGCUGAUGAUUAUGGUUUUGCGCCAGUUGUUGUUGCCGAAUCUGUUCUUGAUUAUUCCACGGCGCCAAUUAUUCAGGCUGAUGAUUAUGGUUUUGCGCCAGUUGUUGUUGCCGGAUCAAUUCUUGAUUAUUCCACAGCGUCAACUAUUCAGGCUGAUGAAUAUGGUUUUGCGGCAGUUAUUGUUGCCGGCGUUGUUCGUGAUUAUUCCGCCGCAGCAGUUGUUGUCGUUAAGGCUGAUGAGUAUGGUUUAUCGGCGUUUGUUGUUGCCGGAGCUGUUCUUGAUUUUUCCACGGCGGCAGUUGUUCAGGCUGAUGAAUAUGGUUUUGCGGCAGUUGUUGUUGCCGGAGCUGUUCUUGAUUAUUCCACGGUAGCAGCUGUUCUGGCUGAUGAAUAUGGUUUUGCGGAAGAUGUUGUUGCCGGAGCGGUUCUUGAUUAUUCCACCGCGGCAGUUGUUGUUGAGGCUGAUGAAUAUGGUUUAGCGGUUGUUAUUGUUGGUGGAGCUGUUCUUGAUUAUUCCACAACGGCAGUUGUUCAGGCUAAUGAUUAUGGUUUUGCGCUAGUUGUUGUUGCCGGAUCUGUUCUUGAUUAUUCCACGACGCCAAAUAUUCAGGCUGAUGAAUAUUAUUUUGCGGCAGUUGUUGUUGCCGGCGUUGUUCCUGAUUAUUCCACCGCGACAGCUGUUGUCGUUAAGGCUGAUGAAUAUGGUUUACUGGCGUUUGUUGUUGCCGGAGCUGUUCUUGAUUUUUCCACGGCGGCAGUUGUUCUAGCUGAUGAAUAUGGUUUUGCGGCAGAUGUUGUUGCUGGAGCAGUUCCUGAUUAUUCCACCGCGGCAGUUGUUCUUGAGGCUGAUGAAUAUGGUUUAGCGGCGGUUAUUUUUGGCGGAGCUGUUCUUUAUUAUUCCACAACGGCAGUUGUUCAGGCUGAUGAUUAUGGGUUUUGCGCUGAUGAAUAUGGUUUUGCGGCAGUUGUUGUUGCCGGCGCUGUUCCUGAUUAUUCCACCGCGGCAGCUGUUGUCGUUAAGGCUGAUGAAUAUGGUUUACCGGCGUUUGUUGUUGCCGGAGCUGUUCUUGAUAUUUCCACGGCGGCAGUUGUUCAGGCUGAUGAAUAUAGUUUUGCGGCAGUUGUUGUUGCCGGAGCUGUUCUUGAUUAUUCCACGGCAGCAGUUGUUUUGGCUGAUGAUUAUGGUUUUGCGGCAGAUGUUUUUGCCGGAGCGGUUCAUUAUUAUUCCACCGCGGCAGUUGUUGUUGAGGUCGAUGAAUAUGGUUUAGCGGCGGUUAUUUUCGGCGGAGCUGUUCUUGAUUAUUCCACAACGGCAGUUGUUCAGGCUGAUGAUUAUGGUUUUGCGCUAGUUGUUGUUGCCGGAUCUGUUCUUGAUUAUUCCACGGCGCCAAAUAUUCAGGUUGAUGAAUAUGAUUUUGCGGCAGUUGUUGUUGCCGGCGUUGUUCCUGAUUAUUCCACCGCGGCAGCUGUUGUCGUUAAGGCUGAUGAAUAUGGUUUACCGGCGUUUGUUGUUGCCGGAGUUGUUCUUGAUUUUUCCACGGCGACAGUUGUUCAGGCUGAUGAAUAUGGUUUUGCGGCAGUUGUUGUUGCCGGAGCUGUUCUUGAUUAUUCCACGGCAGCAGUUGUUUUGGCUGAUGAUUAUGGUUUUGCGGCAGAUGUUGUUGCCGGAGCGGUUCCUGAUUAUUCCACCGCGGCAGUAAAUAUAUACAGCGUGUAA